AUGGGUUGUAACGCUGUGUGCACCCUUGCUUUUGCACACAAACUACAUCAGACCUAUACAGUGCCACAGUGCGUGCUACGUAGAGCAAUAUUAGCAACAGGACACACAGGGACUUUUGGUUAAGUUCAAGCUUUGGACAAUGGGAUUGCUCAUGAACCCUGAUUGCUCUUACACCCAACAUCUUCUGGCAACUCCAGGGCACUACUAACAAAGUGUGUGUUACGGGUAAAGUGUGUGUGUGUCAGAAUACGGAAGACAGGGUUCAAAUC